AUGUUUCUCUGUAACAAAACAGUGCCCAGUGGCUGGUUAUACCCCACUUUUAUCCUCUGCAUAUAUGGCUUUUUCACCUUUUUGAGACCUUCAGAACCAUAUUUGACCCCAUACCUCACAGGACCAGAACAUAAUCUCACUAUUAAACAGGCGACAAACGCUGUGUUUCCGGUGUGGACGUACAGUUACCUAGCUAUUCUGAUUCCAGUUUUCCUGCUAACAGACUAUCUUAGAUACAAACCUGUCAUAAUCUUACAAGGUUUGAGCUAUAUUACAACUUGGGUCCUGCUCCUCUUUGCCCGAGGCGUGCCAGCAAUGCAAGGGAUGGAGUUUUCCUAUGGUAUGGUCACUGCAACCGAAAUAGCUUAUUAUUCCUACAUCUACAGCGUGGUCGACUCUGAACACUACCAGAAGGUCACCAGUUACUGCCGAAGCAUUACAUUGAUUGGUUACACAACUGCUGCCACACUUGGCCAACUCCUUGUGUCACUGGCUAAAAUAUCAUACUUCUAUCUUAACGUGAUCUCCUUGGUUGCAGUCUCUGUGGCGUUCCUGUCUUCGCUGUUUCUCCCGAUGCCAAGCAAGAGCAUGUUCUUUCACACAAAGGCGGUGGAAGACCCAACUCAAGCGUCAUCCUCUGAAACAAAAUUACCCAAUCAGCAGGAGAUACAAUCUGACGUGACAACUAAAACAGAGAUUGACCACAAAGAGAGCCCAAACUUUUUCAGAGUGGUUUUGCUCUUGUGUAAAGACAUAAAGGUAUGCUACUCCUCAAAGGAGCUCAUCUACUGGUCAUUGUGGUGGGCUCUUGCUACAGCUGGAUAUAACCAAGUGAUCAACUAUAUUCAGGUUUUAUGGGAGAAUGUAGCUCCUGCUCAGGAUGCAAACCUAUACUAUGGAGGAGUGGAAGCUGUGUCCACAUUUGCCGGAGCACUGGCAGCUCUCUUGGUUGGCUACGUGAAGGUAAAUUGGAAAGUCACCGGGGAAUUAGCUCUUGCCAUCUUUUCGGCUGUGGACGCUGGAUCCUUGUUUCUGAUGAAUUACACAACCAAUAUCUGGGCAUGCUAUGCUGGAUACCUGAUUUUUAAAUCUUGCUACGUACUUCUCAUCACUAUUGCUACAUUCCAGAUAGCUAUCAAUCUAAGUAUGGAACGCUACGCUCUUAUUUUCGGGAUCAAUACGUUUGUUGCUUUGGCACUUCAGACAAUAAUUACGGUCAUAGUCGUCGAUCAGCGAGGUCUGGCCCUUGGUGUUAGGACUCAGUUUUUGGUCUAUGGAAGCUACUUUACGGUUAUAUCUGUAAUUUUCUUUGUGCGAAGCCUGUAUAUCCUGAUAUCACUACGCUGCAAGGCACCGGUGGACAACAAAGAUAGUGAAACCAACACACAGAUCUAG